AUGCGUGCCACUACUUUAUUAUCUUCAGUCGUUUCUUUGGCAUUGUUGUCGAAGGAAGUCUUAGCAACACCUCCAGCUUGUUUAUUGGCCUGUGUUGCUCAAGUCGGCAAAUCCUCUUCCACUUGUGACUCUUUGAACCAAGUCACCUGUUACUGUGAACACGAAAACUCUGCCGUUAAGAAGUGCCUAGACUCCAUCUGUCCAAACAACGACGCCGAUGCUGCCUAUUCUGCUUUCAAGAGUUCUUGUUCCGAACAAAAUGCUUCAUUAGGUGACUCCAGCAGCAGUGCCUCUUCAUCCGCCUCUUCAUCUAGCAAGGUCUCUUCUUCUACUAAGGCUUCUUCCAGCAGCACUUCCUCCUCUACUAAAGCUUCCUCCAGUAGCGCUUCCUCCUCUACUAAAGCUUCUUCCAGCAGUGCUGUCCCAUCUUCUAGCAACGCAUCUUCUACCGUAUCUUCUUCCUCUUCCACCAAGGCACCUUCCAGUGAAGAAUCCUCUUCUACCCACGUUUCCUCCACUAGCGAAGUUCACUCUUCCACUGCUGCCUCUUCUUCAACCGUGUCCCAAGAGACAGUUUCCUCUUCCCAACCAACUUCUACCGCCGUCAUUUCUACUUUCUCUGAAGGUUCUGGUAAUGUUUUAGAGGCUGGAAAAUCCGUUUUCAUUGCUGCUGUUGCCGCUUUGUUAAUCUAA